AUGCCGAAAAAGGAGCCGGUCGCCGAGAUCUUCGAGAGUGUCUCGGACGGUCUCAAGCAGCUGUAUCGCUCCAAAAUCCGGCCGAUCGAGGAGGCGUACAAAUUUGGCGAGUUCUACUCGCCGUAUAUGAACGACUCGGACUUUGACGCCAAGCCGAUGGUGCUGCUCCUCGGUCAGUACUCGGUGGGCAAGACCUCCUUCAUCAAGUACCUGCUCGGCCGCGACUUUCCCGGCGCGCACAUCGGGCCCGAGCCCACCACCGACCGCUUCAUCGCCGUGAUGCACGGCCAGGAGGACAAGACGACGCCUGGAAACGCGCUGGCCGUCUCGGCCAACAUGCCGUUUCGCGGGCUCGAGAUGUUUGGCAACGGCUUCCUCUCAAAGUUCCAGGGCGCCCAGCUCGACUCGCCGCUCCUUCACCACGUGACCCUCAUCGACACGCCC